UCUGCGGGCUGGGCAAGCACACAGGGCGGGCUUUUAAAGGGAUCAUUCCCUCCUCCUGCUUGCUUGCUUGCUCGCCGGGACUGUGAAAGUUGGCGGUCCCGGGAGUCGGAGUGUAGGAGGCAGAGGUGAAGCCGGGGUGUGAGACCCUCGGAAGGCGACAGGCAGAAGAGGCUUGUGGAAAUAUCUUCCUAGGACAAGUAUUCUGCCGCAUCCUAACCUCACUGGCGUGCUCAACCAUGGCCAGACCUCCCGUGCACGGUUCGGUGAUUGUCCCAGACUGGCAUGAGACCGUCGAGGGCAAGGAGUACUUAGCCUGCAUCCUGCGCAAGAAUCGCCGGCGGGAGUUUGGGUUGCUGGAACGGCCAGUGCUACCCCCUUCAGUGGCCAUUGAUACUGCCAGCUAUAAGAUCUUUGUGUCCGGAAAGAGUGGUGUGGGCAAGACUGCACUGGUGGCGAAGCUGGCAGGCCUGGAAGUGCCUGUAGUGCACCAUGAGACGACUGGUAUUCAGACUACUGUGGUGUUUUGGCCGGCCAAGCUAAAGGCCAGCGACCGUGUGGUCAUGUUCCGCUUUGAGUUCUGGGACUGUGGCGAGUCCGCCCUCAAGAAAUUUGACCACAUGCUGCCGGCUUGCAAAGAGAAUGCAGACGCCUUCCUGUUCCUCUUUUCUUUCACUGACCGAGCCUCCUUCGAAGACCUUCCUGGACAGUUAACCCGUGUAGCCAGCGAAGCCCCUGGGGUCGUCAAGAUGGUCAUUGGCUCCAAGUUUGACCAGUACAUGCACACAGACGUGCCAGAGCGAGACCUCACAGCCUUCCGGCAGACCUGGCAAAUACCCUUAUUACGGGUGAAGAGUGUGCCAGGGCGGCGGCUGGCAGAAGGGCGUACACUGGACGGGCGGGCUGGGCUGGCUGACGUUGCUCAUGUGCUCAAUGGCCUUGCAGAGCAAUUGUGGCACCAGGACCAGGUGGCAGCCGGCCUGCUCCCCAGCUCCCCAGAGAAUGCUCCUGGGUGAAGGGUGAUGGUAUCUUGAGUAGAGACAGGGACUGAUGAUCCUCACUCCUGUCUCUUGGGUAACCCAGGAUCGAUGGUGGGACCCUAGGGGCCCAAGGCUGAUGCAAGAACACUGUUCUGUCCUCGGGACUGGGCUGGGGAGGCCCUCACCUGGCUGUCAGAUGGGAACACAAGGCUCCAGAGCUGAAAGGUCUCCCAGCCCCCCGGCCCUUCACCCUUCUGCAGCACCCACCGAGGGUAGGCUUGGGGCACAUCUCAAAAGGACCCUGGGACCUCUCUUGACUUCAGCCAGGAGCAUUAUUGGUUGAAAUAACACCACUUGCUCUAACAGAUAAUUUUGACAUCUCAGUGGCUGAACUCUGUAGAUGUGUUUGUUUUGGUUGUUCUUUUGUUUUUCUUCUUUGGCUCCCUGUACCUACUCAGAGGCAUGUUCCCAGUUUAUUAGCAUCCUGGGCAGCAGACACGGAAUGAGUGCAUACAGAAGGCUGCCGGAGGUUUCUAUGGACACACUGCAUUGGCCGGUACCCAGUCACAUGGCGGAAAAAAGGGAACCUGAGAGAAGUGGCUCACCCGCAUAUCCAGGGAGCCAGCCCUUCACUCGGGUGACUCUUGAUCUUGACAACUAUGAAGCUGUAAACUGGCCCUCAGACAAGGGCUUGGCCUAGGAGUUUAAGGCUAACCUGGUCUGUUUAGUGGGUUCCAGGACAGCCUGAGCUACAUAGGGAGACCACUGUCUCAAACAAACAAACAGCCCACUCUCAGCAACCCACCUUGAUCACCCCAGAGCUCAGCUUCCAAUAUAAGGUUCAGAAUGUCCCCAAACAGCAACCUCCAUCUCGGAAAUGUUCAGACAGCUGGACCUGUGGGAGACAGGGCAGACCCAGGCCGCCACAUUCUGUGCCGUGCCCCCAUAGGCUCAUGGCGACUGAAGAGGCCCUGUACUCUAAACUAUAGAGACAUUUUAUUUAUGUUUUAAUAAAUAAAGCUUGCCUGAAGAUCAGAGGGUAAAACUACGCCACUAGAAGCCAAGCAGUGGUGUCACACACCUUUAAUCCCAGGAUUUGGGAGACAGAGGCAGAUGGAGCUCUGUGAAUUCAAGGCCACCCUGGGCUACACAAGAUCAGUGCAGAAAUAGUACCAGGUGGUGGGGCCUCACAGCCUUUAAUACCCAGCACUAGGGAGUCACAACGCCUUUAAUCCCAGAACUAAAGGGAAAUAUAAGACGGGAGGAGGCUCAGAGUGCAUUCUGAAGUCACCCAGCCUUGGUAGAGGUUAAGAUUUUUGUCGUGAAGAAACCGUGGCUCUGGUAGUUUUGGUGGUGGUGGCACCCGGAGAGAAACCCGUGGAGGCAGCCGGGGAAGAAGUAGAGGUACCGGCAGGAACUCAAAGCAGCAGCUUUCUGCUGAGGAGCUAGAUGAACAGCUGGAUGCUUACAAUGCCAGGAUGGACACCAGUUAAACAGCCGAGCAAAUCCACACAAGUAACAGAACCCAGAAGCUUCGUCCGAGAUCCCUAGAGAGGGAGGGUUGGCAACUGGACUAUGCAGACAAUGGUGGAUUUGUUUUUGUUUCAUUUUUCCCUCC